AAACUACGAUGACCCUUAUUUUUGACUGAGUGAGUGAGAUAGUGAAAGUGUGUGUAAUCGAUCACAAAGAAAGAGCGAACGGAAAGGAAUAUGUGGUUUCUUGGUUGGAAAGGAGAAUCUGGCUUCUCAGCCUCCUCCACAGCGGAGCAAGUCACUCAAGGCAUUGAUGGACACGGCCUCACCGCCAUCGUCACCGGGGCUACAAGUGGCCUUGGUUUGGAGACGACGCGAGUUUUUGCACUGCGCGGUGUCCAUGUUGUUAUGGCUGUAAGGAGUGUUGAAUCUGGCACCAAGGUCAAAGAAACAAUAUUGAAGGAAAUUCCCUCAGCUAAAAUUGAUGUCAUGGAAUUAGAUCUUUGCUCUAUGGCAUCUGUUAGGAAGUUUGCAUCAGAUUAUAUUUCAUCUGGACGUCCACUCAAUAUCCUAAUUAACAAUGCAGGGGUGAUGGCAACUCCAUUCCAGCUUUCUCAAGACAACAUUGAGAUGCAGUUUGCAACGAAUCAUUUGAGUCAUUUUCUCUUGACAAACCUUUUAUUAGAAACUAUGAAAAGAACUGUACGUGAAUGCAAACGGGAGGGAAGGAUAGUCAUUCUAUCUUCGGAAGCACACAGACUUCCAUAUCAAGAAGGAAUUCGUUUUGAUAAGAUCAAUGAUGAAUCAGUGUACAACAGUUAUUAUGCUUAUGGACAAUCAAAGCUUGCUAAUAUUUUGCAUGCCAAAGAACUUACGAGGCGCUUUAAGGAAGAAGGAGUUGAAAUAACCGCUAACGCACUUCAUCCAGGAUCAAUUAUUACAAAUAUUCUGCGUUACCAUGGUUACAUUAAUGCUGUUGCUAAUAUGGUGGGUAAAUACUUACUUAAAAAUGUGCAACAGGGAGCUGCCACUCAAUGUUAUGUAGCAUUGCAUCCACAAGUUAAGGGAAUAUCUGGUGAGUACUUUAUGGACAGCAAUAAGGCAACGCCAACCCAUCUGGCUAAUGAUUCAGAGCUGGCUAAAAAACUAUGGGAGUUCAGCGUAAGCCUAACUAAUCAAAAGUAGCUCACAGGAUUGUCUGACUACUAAGUAAGGGCAAAACAUAGUUGUAUUGAAAAAAUGUUUAGCAGAAUAGAAACUUGCUCACAAGCUGUAUAAGCUGUAUAUAUGUAAAUUUAAGACGCGAUGCAUAACCACCCAAGGAGUGCUAUAAUUUGGCAUAUACAUUACAUGAAGCCUUUGCAUUUUCAA